CCUGCCCUGCCUGCCUAUCUAUGAGCGGUAACGACAAGCCAAAGCAGCAAACCCAACUGCCGCCGCUGGUGCGGCGUUUGUCUGUUUAUCUCUCCUGCAACCGUCCAUCUCGGGCGCUUUCGCAGCGUUCCCUCCGUGUGCUAAGGCCGCCAUCGCCUCAAGCGAAGAACACAAGACUGCUUCUACUUGCUGCUCCUGGUGCUACUGUGAGAACGACGAUACGACGGCUAAGCGACCGGACCACUAUUCGGCUGGCCGUUGUCGUUCCUUGUGGCUGGAGCUGGUGGGGGACGUGUAUCGAACGUGCUGCGACCAUUCGGCAGCUCGACGGAUGGUGAAAUGUUGUUGUUGUCUUGCUCAAAUGCCCUUAUAACAUUUAGCUGAAUGUGCUGGAGGCAAGCGGGCAGAACGACUCUUUUCAGUGCGGCUUUUGCGUGAGUUCGAACGGCGUACACUCGAAGCAAACGCAGUCGAUAUGCUCCCCCUGACGGAUAACGCUAAAGGCAGAUUUCCCAACAAAUGUUGUUCAGUUCUGUAAGAGGGAAACGGUAUUGACACAUGCGUGCAUGAUAUCUGUUGGUGGCAGUGUGUUUGAGGAAUCGCAAAUCACUUCCAAUAAUCUAAGCCGGAGAUAACGCCAGACUGUGUAGAAACUCAGCCAACGACCUGUGAAGGCUGCUCUGCCGAACGCAAAAGAAAAACAGGCUGUUAGAGUGAGGCACCGGCUUCGCAAAAAAGGGUUGUUUCUUUUUCUAGGCGGUGCGAUCUGCAGGACUUUUGUGUGGUCUGUCGCCUGCUCUGCAGGAGCUGAACGUGGGACGAUCGUGAGAAGCGUCGUGCGCCCUAACUUAAUGGAAGACAUCGCCCUUAUUCGACGUUAGUCCUUACUUUGUCCACUUUUUGGUGUUCGAUUGCCUAUCGACACAUUAAUAAUAACAACAGUACUAAUAAUUUUACUGCCGUAGCGAAACGGUGUGCGACGUAGCCACAUAGAGCUUCGACCAGCUUAACGAUGGUGACGGUUAUGGUGGACGCCCCCUAUAUAAAUUGCCGCAGUCUUAAAUAGUGACAACGACUUAUUUGUCAGGGCAAUCACUGUGAUUACGAUGUCAUUGAACGCUAUACAAUGCACUUUGGGUGUGCCUCUCUGAUAUAUAGGAUAAGUUUUUCGGGCGUACGUAGAGGCGGGGGCAGCCUCCUGAAAUUGAGCUUCGAAGUUGCGGCAACUUCUACAACUAGAAUCCACGAGAUGAGCACGAAAACUUCAACAGCGACAUCAUCGUCGUCGUCGUCGUCGUCAUCCGACAUCUCGAAAAAGGUUCACUCGUACUUUGCCUCGCUAUCUUGUGCGUCCGCUCGAAUAUUGGACGACGUCAGAAGUAUCUCGACUGCGCACUCGCGCAGGCAGAAUCAUACAUUUAAUUCAAAGACGAACUCAGCUAAAACGUCGCCUGGAGGCUGGGAGUCACUUAGCGAAAAAGAACGUGCCGACCUCGUCAUUGAAAGCCUGGUACCCGAAGAUCUCGAACAAAAGUAUCGCUCUCUGACGGGAGACAGCGACACGGAUACCGGGAGCUUGGCUUGGUCUGGAAGCCCUCUGGGACCUUUGACUAGUUUUGUCGAUCCUUCGCAAACUUUUCCUCUCAUCGAAAUUAACACUGGUCCUCCGUUAGCUUCAGUGGUGACCGUAGGGGACACUCUCGCUCCCGACACUCGAGGACGGAGUAUUGUCAUGGAAGAGGAUAUCAACGGCCAGAAAGUGCCAAUUACGUGGCGCGAUGAGCACGCACAAGCGUUCAGUUGGUACAAUCAGUCAUGUGAUCCAAUCACGCCGAGUCGAGACGCCGCUGACUCCGCCAAGAACCGAGAAUCCGCCCAGCUUCGUAUUCCGCCACCGUUCGUUAACCUCUGUGGGGCGGAAGAUGUGACAGCUUGCAAUGCUCUGAAAAGUAUAAUUGGCGACCAUCAACCACCAUUAGCACGUUUGUCCACUAGCGUUUCAGGAACGCUCGAUUCAGGUAUCAGCAACGCCACUUCAGAUGGAGGGGUGUUUGCGUCUGGAAAUAGCGAAGUAAGUGCAGGUGGUGGAGAUCGCGUAUCGCGACGAAGCUCCCGUGCGUCUACACCCGAACGCAGAAAAUCGCCGUUAAUGCGGCCAAAGCAAGCUCCACCUCCGCCACCAGCAGCAGUAGCAUAUUCACAACCCAACAAUCAGGACAUCAACCACAAGGAGACUCCAAAGGAGACUGGAGGGGAUCGAUUAUGGUUAGGAGAGGUCUUAGCAAGUGGCGAUUCUGCUGCCAGACAAUUGUCCGGCCGCCGAGAGAUGUCCGCCUCGAAGGAAAGUAUCGCCAGCGCUCAGAGUAGCCACAAUGAGCCGACGAACCAGGCCUUGACAGGGGGUUCUGCCUUCCUGCAACCGCCAAGAUCAUCUUCCGCGCAGCCAGCCACUGGAAAGAAGCGCCAAGCCCCCAAACCACCUGUAUCUCCUGUUGGCUCUGCUCCCGAACCUCCUGAACGUUCAUCGACCCUUUCGCUGGCCUCAGUUGGAUCCGCUGCAUCCUUUGCAUCUGCAAGCUCUAACCCACUAUCUAAUACCGGCAGAACUGGAGCCGGUGCAAAAUGGCCCUCACAGAAUCAGACGGAGCGACCACGCAGUUCGUUUUGCCCAUCGGCGGACCCCGAUCAGCCGCAUAUACUGCCUGAGGCAUUAGCUCCAGAAACUGCAAGGGGUACCCUAGAGGCUCGGGCGUCCCCUCUGCUACAACAUUCUAACUCCGGCCUUCGGGCGAAGGUGCCGCCUCAACAACUCAAAAAGGUCGUGCCUCCUGUCGCACCAAAGUUUGAGCCGUCUCGACUUGGCGUAAAAAGUUUGACGGAAUCAAUUAUAUCUACACCAGUCAUUAACGACGAUAUACCAAAAACCGGUUUUGAUUUCCUUGAUAACUGGUAAUCGAUGCGAAUAAUGAUAAUAAAGCCUUAAAGAUCUAAUAAUUAGGUUAGAUAAUCCAAUCGAAGGACUCCGGUAUAUAAAGGAGAUUGUAACACUAUCCUGUUUCCUUUAUCCAAUGAAUCUGUGGAUAAUUUUUUCCAAUAAUUUACCACCACGAAUGCUACUAUUCAUUUGUGGAAUGGCUGCAACAUGGCCUCUUCACGAAAUGGCCAGCAGAAAUAAUAAUCAAACGCGUAUCACCCCACGGCGAGUGCUAAACUCGUCGGAAGGACUCAAUAAACAAUAUUGAAGCUUCUUAUUAAAUCUUCACUAUAAACGUGCUCGACAGUGGGGUACUAUAUGAACAAGGUAUGCCAUUCUGAAUACGGAGAGGCCUGCUAUUUGGUUUUUUUUUUUAUGUUUUGGCCAGUGAAAGACACGCGUUAUUGAGACGUCGCGAAUGAUGGCGUUUACUGACGAAGUUACCACGAAAACAUGUUGACACUGCGUAUUAUAGUUCAAUAACACACGAAUUAAAUUGUUUUUUAUUUCAAAUUUGUAUAUAUUACUAAAGGCUGAGUGCUGAGGACGUUUCUCUUUGCGGAGGGUAGACUAUAUAGCCUUGCAAUGCCUACAACUCAGAAGUAUCCGUUCUUAUGGAAAAUAUAUUUUGUUAUUAAACUGCGAAAAUAACAUUCUGAACAAUGGCUUCGAAACAUUCACGUUGAGUCGCACCCUCGAAUAAAUCUACGGGGCUUGCCGAAACAAAUCUGAAUUAAUAUAGCUAUUUCCGUCCACCCGCUCGGUAUCCGGGAAGUUCAUAAACUCACACAUUUUAUCUGGAUUUUUUUUUGGCAAUUUUUGGACAAUUUGCAUUUACGUUUGGCUGGAUCGAGUUUUUCUCAUAAAAAAAUCAUUUUUCUCAUAGCGGAUGACAGUGAAUGAUGUCCAGAUUUGGGGUCUUGAUUGAGCCCAGAUCGUAGCAAAUGAAAAUAGGCCAGUUUUCGUCGUGUCGAAUCGAACUAUUUUAGGAGGUUCGUACUAUACCUGAAUGAAAGCUGAUUCGAUUACGCCCAAUGGUAGUACCUUGUUUCGUGUUCCACAUAGAGUGACGUUAAUAAUUCGAAUGCUGCAACGAAUUGUUUCAAAAGACGUAUAAGAAAGACCCUAAAGAAUACGCUCAGAUGUAAUAUAUUCCAUAUUGUAAUAUGGCUUAACCAUAAAGGCUUGAAUAGCACUUGUGUUCUUGUUUGCCCUGUUAUCGGAUUUUUCAAUGUCGGACAGGUAACACCGUUCCCUGACCUCAGCAGAAUAUAGUGAUAUUCUGGUGUGGACGGCCGCAUCGCAUUAGCUGCCCAACAGUAACGUGUGUCUGUUGAACAAAUUUAACAUGUGUGCAUACGUUGAUGUGCACAUGGGGCUAAAAACACGUACCAGCGCCAGUGUACCUACUUUUGACAGUGUCCCAUCGACUGACCAUGGGGAAAUAACGUUAUCUAGGUUCGGCGUCCCAAUACCCAGCUAGUGGGCGCUACCCAUUAUGUGUCACGAUUAGACGCUGUGUUCAUAAUGCGACAUAGCGGUAUCGUCAUCGUUGAAGGCUGUCAUUAGUUCGAGCCCAAGGGAAACGUUUACUCUGCCCGCUUGUGUUUCACAAUGAGACUUUAUUCAAACUAGUUUGAUUACGCUAUCCUACACAGAUGCUCAUUCAGUUAUUAAGAAAUCAAUCACUUAGGUAUAUUGGCAUACGUAACAUACCGGCCUGUAAGUUUAGCACUGUGGAAAUCAUGUCGCGGGUUUUUCAAAACCGUGGAAGUGUCGCUUGUGUGAGCUCAUAGUAACUAUUAACUUUCAGUAACUGUGCUUCUGGGUUUCGUUUGAAUUAGAAAAACGGUGUUUUUUUUCUUUAACACGAUGUCUCAGUGAGAAGUGUGAAGGCUGGGAAAUGAAUAACAUUUGCAUUCCAUCGGUCGUUGCUUCACUUAUUCUAUCGCAGUCCAUUUCGUCUUAUUCUAAUUCACAAUGGGUCCGUCCCAUUGAUUCGUUGUCGAAAUGAAGAAGAUCUUUAGCAUGCAUCUUUGUGUAUGUACGUGUAGGUGUGCAUGUGUACGUGUAUGUGUACCCUAUAUCUAACCGACCUACAGUUAAUCUCCAAUUUAGGUUCAGCUCAAUUUUGUAAUUGUAAGAACACGAUUGCAAUCAUAUUAUACAACUAUAUUUCGUUAUUACUUCACACCUGCCUAUUUAACGGCUCCACAUUUUAAAAUACUACCUUAUUAUUUACGUUCCAACAUGACUAACGCUUCAUAUGUUAGAACAGGUUAUUGUUUAAUCUUCGACCGUUCAUUCAUCCAUCGGUAUUGAAAUGACCGCACGGUCACGGCGAUGGUCUCCUCGUUGUGUGAACGCAUAAGCUGGAUGUCAUCUAGACAUAGGGACGUUUCUGAAGCUCACUCGGAACAAAAAAGAUUUGCUUUUUUCAUCAAAACGUGUCCCUGAAAGCUUAACUAUUACCGUAUAUAAAUAAACACCACUUUGUUCAUGCCUGCGACGCCGUUAGAGGGGCAUUGCUAUAAAGAGGACAUUGCCAUAUCGGAGGAAAAAAGUUUUACGCUUAGUUCAGGUGUCUGCUUUUUAAUAGCUUCCGUCCUGGCAACUUCAAACAUAGUUUUGUAGACUGUUUUAGCAUGGAAACUUCGGUCAUGGGCUGUACUCACAAACGAUUUCAAAAUGGGCCAACUAAUUGUGAUAAAAGCGUCAUGUACGCAUGACAUGACUUACAAAGAAUAAUCAGCCAAUACGUAGCUGAAGACCGUCUGACGCUGCCGUCUAACAACGCACGGCUGUGUCAAUCUGAUAGAAACAGCGACGGACGGUGGGUAUUUACAAGUUUCAUAGUUCAUCGAGCGAGGCCACCGAUACUUGGGGUUAGAACAGAACUAAAUCCUAGCCGCAGUCAGCGACACCACAGCCAGUGUCAUAAAUAACAAAGGCCAUCAUAAUCCGCCACAAUGAUCAAUGUGUGCAAAUAAGUAGGAAUUUACCUUAAAAAACUUUCAUAGAAAUAGAUAUUUUUUUAAUAGAUAUGUAACGAUAUCUAGCAGCAACUAGAUUACCAUCACCACAGCAGCGGAAGGCUGGUUCCUUGUAAACGUCGAUUUGAUUUGAGCUGACAAAACUCAGAUGAGAGCAAACCCUGAAGAAGAAGAGGGCAAAAGUACCUCUAACCAACAGGGCUGAACUUCUGGUUGCUGGUAUUAUGCUUGCAUCCAUCCUAAAUUGAUGAGCAUAUGUUAUACGACAACGUAAUGAUAAGUUGUAUAUUUAAAGAAGAAUCUGUAGGAUAUGGGGCGGCUUUGUUGGAUGUUACUUAUAGACAUUAGCAUGUCGACAAUUCGGACAACAAAGCCAGCGGCCUAUUACAGUUGAGUUGUAUUAUGAUAUUUACAAUACAUACCAUAGCAACUUGGAUUGUAUUAGAGUGAAGCUAUCAAGAAGAAUAGGUAACCCCAUUUAAUAAAUGAAGUUGUGCGGAUUUCACUUCGACGAUCUCAGCCAACAAAACGCCGCCGCUUUUUUAGUUGGUCAACUAUGUCAUUAAUAAUAUUCUAGCCCCUAUUCGUAGCUUAACUGCCGACUGAAGAAUUUUAUAAGUUAGAAAUUACUUCUAUGAUGAAUACAAUUGACAAUGAAUAAUAUAUUAUAUUUUUACACAAAACGUUUGGUAUGUCUUCACUUUUCCCUUCAUCUGAUGCUCAGAUAAUCUUUGCAUCUUACUAUACACGAAAAUAAUCAUCAGUCGGUCUUCUCGAAAUCACGGUUCAGUUCCAACUCAGGUUUAUUGAGUGAACAUAUGUGAUCGUUAGCUUUUUCCUAUGAUUCCCGAAAGAAAAACAUAAUAAUAUAAUUUUGUAGUAUGCAUCGUUGGCGUCAUACAGAGCAUAUGCACAGCCACCAUAUGAGAAAUCAUUGAUCUUUUGUCAAUAGUCUUCUUAUUCCCGCCGUUCUGCUCGUUACGUAAUUUAUACAUACUUGAUACAAUGUAUGCUAUCGUAUUUGGGGCGUCAGUAUAUACUAAAUUAUGAAACAAUUAAAUUGCGAUACGUCCAAAAAAUGAUAAGUCCAUCUUUAAAAAUUUUGCAAAUUUUAUUCGUGAUGUCUGUACCCUAAAGCCCGUCAAUCAAUAUCGCACGUGUGCGUGCACUGUCUACUACUACUACAACUACUACUACCGCACAAUUUUGAUGCAUCGCAAGGCUAUGUAUUCAAAAAUAUAUUGUUUACACUUUACCCUUGCAGCCGGCCAAGUUAGCUUGAAAAUUGCUACUUAGCCUCGUCUUAACUUUCUUAGGCAACGAUUGGACGACGCUCACGAGUCGUCGAAAGAUUUUCGAACUAUAGGCAGAAUUAUGUCGCAUUAUUUUCGGCCUUCUGUAAGCUUGCGACGGUUAGGCAUCUCAGUACUAAGGGAUCUGUAUACUGGUUUCCUCUUAAUAUUGAGUAUUAGAAACCAAUGCGUCAUAGGAUUCGCCUUCAUCUCGACUUUGUAAAAACAUGUGUCAGCAAUCUCAAAUUAUGCGCGAAGCGAUUUUUAUUUUCUAUUUUUAAAAAUAAUUUUUGCACCUUCACUAUGCCGACGCUUCUUUCUAUCUAGCUUCGAUGAAAUUCUUCUCGCGUGCGGUGCGUGCACGCCUAUCGUGGUCAACGACGGAUUUGUUUUUUACUGCUGUUGUUAAUAGCAAUUUUUACGAGUGGGCGCCUAUUGAUCACAGUCAAGGGCAAUCCGCAACCGAAUAGGGUCGUAUUGCGACAAUAGACACCAUGUACGUAUACGCCUGUGGAUUAUUAUUAAUACAGUAUUGCUCUAAUCAUGACUCCUUUGUCCUAUCGAGACAAUAGCCCGUGUCAGAAACGCACUAUCCGUCAUUCGUAGCCAAUAGUACGUUCAACGAUGGUAGUAGCCCUGUUAGGUGAUGUUUCUAAUGUUACUGCACGUCGUUACUCAUUAAUGUGUACGUUUUAUUUGAAACAUAUCUUUAAGGCAUAAGGCAUUAAAUAUACGCUAGGACGCCACGAUUUUGAAGGCCGUAAUAUGCUAUAGUAAAAAUAUCAGAAGACACCUUAUUUUUCGCUCAUAGCUCACAGGAAAUACAUGCAGGGUAUUCAGAACUAAGGGGCAAAAUUGAUGCCGCUUGCGUAAAAGUCACAUUUUCGCACAGAAAAAAAAACACACACAGAAAAAAAAAAUCGUCCUCAUGUGUAUUUGGUGGGGUCGCGAUCUUCAAAUCAAGGCCAAGAUCUCCAAACCACGUUGAAAUGGCAAGUGUAGGUAGGAUGAUAUACAGUUUAGGCCAAAUAUACUAAACGUGAAAAAUCAGUUUAUAUUCUGGGCUCAUAGUAGAUGGCUCAAGCCAGAGCUUCGUAAAAUUUAAGGGUUAAAAAAAUUAAAUAGAUGAUGAAAAUGCAAGGAAUUUUAAAGAAAACACUACCAUUGAGACUUACAUGAAUAUGCUCAUCGGCAACUAUUUCUGCAUCAAACUAUGGUCUUUUAGAUUAAUUUUUGAUUCCUUCUAAUCCAGUGUCUAUUUUUUAUCACCGGAAAACCUCGUUCGCUUUUCUUAGCAGCCGGAAGAAAACCGGCAACAACGAAGAUUCAUAUCUAAAACUGAUGCAUUCCAACUAUGACAAAAAGUCAGCUAAAAUAUGUCCCAGUUUAUUCCGAACACCUUGUAUGCAUUUAUAUUUUGUUGUUUGUCUAAAUUUUAGAAGGUCAAUAUAUUUUACUAGAUCCUCUUUUUAACACUUGAAGGUCUUUUUUUUUUUUUUUUUUUUAAUUA